AUGCAUUGUGGAAUAAAUGCACUUUGUAUUGCUUUUGACUUUUGUUUUCUUAACGGUUCCCACACUUGUCGGUUGCGCGCUGGACACACAGUACCUUCAAACACCGCAACGCAAUGUGGACUUUACGAAAUGACAGCUAAGAAAGAUUGUUCGGGUGGAUUAUUCAUAACAUCUCAAAGAAUAUGCAAGAAAAUUUUGUCGGACCUUGCGUUGCGUAAACCUACCAAACAGUCGUCAACCUACUAUACUUAUACAGCUGAGUAUGCUGUAGAUGGUAACUAUGGCACAGACCUUAUGAACAACAAGUGUCAAUGCACAGAUACGAACGACAUAAACCCCUGGUGGAUGGUAGAUCUGCAAACUGUGUGUUUCAUUACAUCUGUCAGAAUAGUCAACAGAGGACCAGAUAGCUCCGGAAUAGAUUCAUCACACCGACUGCGGGAUGUUACUGUCACUGUAGGGAUGACAGAAUCAACUGUCAACAUUGUCUGUGGUUUCUUUGCUGGCCCCGGUACUCUGUCACAGGUGGUCAUCAUCGACUGUCCGACAAUACCAGAGGGGAGAUUUGUAAAGAUCUCCAAAACAACCGAGUAUCUCACUCUUUGUGAAGUUGACGUCUUUGGAGUCGCUGUAUAAUCAUUGUCAUAACUAACGUCUUAUAGUUGAAACGUUACGUAAAUCGUUUUAAUUUCGCAGAACUUGAUGAAAGUAUUGUCUAUUCAUUUUAAUCUGACUUUGGCGAAAGGCUUAAGGGUUUUUUUUUUCUUUUACAGCGGUGACAACUCUUAAUUAUACAUAUACGUGUUCGUUCGUAAUAUAAUGCAUGCAUUUGAUAUUAAAAAUGUAAAUGCAUGUAGCUUUAUACCAGUGUGAAAUUUUAAGAAAAGGUUUUCAAAGUUUUUGGUUUUUUUUUUAUUAUCGAUGUAUUUACA